UGAACGAAUCUACGCAUGCCCUUCCUCUGUCCACACUACGUCGUCAUCACGCAGUCAAUUUCCAGCGUUUUAAUAGAAAACAUGUCGGAUUCAUCGUUGCUUGUUGGGAUUAGUGCGGCGUAUCUAAUUAUUGCGAGUGCGAAGAAGAGGCGUGAUAAAAAAAAGCGUUCCAUAUGGAUGAAAAAUUAUUUAAAAACACGAAAUUUUGGUAUCAUUGAUGAUUUGCAAUUAGAUGAAGACAUUGUGUUUAGAAACUUUACGCGAAUGUCCAGAACGAAUUUCUACUAUCUGUUAAAAAAAAUCGAGCCGGAAAUAGAAAAACAAAACACUCGUUUUAGAGAGGCAGUACCAGCUAAAAUUAAGUUUUUAAUAACCAUCAGAUUUUUAGCUACCGGAGAUUCGUUUUCAUCCCUUAUGUAUUUAUUCAAAGUUUCCAAGCAGUUUAUUUCAGAAAUGUUGCCAACUGUUCUGAAAGCUAUAGUGAAUGCUCUACAGAAUUAUAUCAAGCUACCCUCAAGUGAUCAUGAAUGGAGAUCUAUCGCAGAAGAAUACAAUAAACGAUGGAAUUUUCCUCACUGUGUCGGCGCCAUCGACGGCAAACACGUCGUAAUCCAGAAACCAGAAAACACAAUAAGCGAGUUUCAUAACUAUAAAGGAACAGACAGUAUUGUUCUAUUGGGAAUAGCGGAUGCUAACUACUGUUUUACGUAUGUCAACGUUGGAUGCCAAGGCCGUAUCUCAGAUGGAGGAGUAUUUAAAAAUACUUCGUUCUCUAAGAAACUCGAAAAAAAUGAACUUGGUUUACCGGAAUGUGAAGCACUGCCUGGUCGUAUGAUGAAACUUCCUUAUGUCUUAGUUGCCGAUGAUGCGUUCGCCUUAUCUGAAAAUAUUAUGAAACCAUACGCCACAGAUUUGAACAAAGGAUCCCCAAAAAGAGUAUUCAACUACAGGUUGUCCAGAGCGCGUCGUAUUAUAGAAAAUACUUUUGGGCUGCUUUCAGCCGUGUUUAGAAUAUUCCGCAAACCCAUAGAAAUAAAAGUUGAAGAAACAAUAGUUAACAUUGUUUUG